UAGAAAAAAAAGGCGAGCAUACUUUUGUAGCUCGUCGAAUGGCGGUUUGAAUGGUGUAUAACAAUAUACAUUUACUUUCAAAACCAGGGAGGAGAUAGCUUUGUCAGCUCGAAAUCUCAUUCUGAGUCUGAUGUCCACGGACGGCCGUGGAGUUGACUUGAAAAUACUUCAAAGUGCCUCGAAUCGAUUCAUAUUUAGAUGCUGAAUUCAAAUAAAAUAAGCAGAAAAAUAUUUGAAGUAAUGUUUUGAUUGUGGAAAUGGAGGUUAUGAUCCAAAUGUAGUCUAUCAUCGCUUAAUUGAUAAAGCAAAAACAGUUCACGAUAUACCACGAGAUACAAGUAACAAUUCAUUUUUCAAUAAUACGGAUGUUAAGAUGAACAAUGACAAGAAUAAUAAGUCGAAUAAACGUCAGAUUUAUAAUAGUUCAGAAGAUGAUAGUUCUCCUACACCAUUAAAACAAACAAAAUUGCAACAAACAAGAAGACGAAAUUUAACAUCAUAUGAUCUAUUAGCUGACGGCCAACAAGGUGGUCCCGUUAUUGAUAAAUUAAAACAUUUAGCUAUUUAUCAAGUUGAUUUAAAUUCAU